AGAACAUGCUCUCAAUACCUUGGUUGAAUGGUUCAGAUGAGGAGAUUGCAGACUAAAUGAACAGGAAGAGAGAGAGAGAGGAAGGUGAUUGAGGCUUAAGACAAGUUUUAGGUCUACCAACUGGUGGUUGACAGAUAGGGCAUCUUAACUGCACCAGCACCAAUCUCCCUUUCAACAAGAUUCAGAAGCAACUCACCCUUGGAUUACAAGAGAGCUGAACAAGUCCAGAGGAAGAAGAGAGAGAAAGAGAGAGUGGUAAUAUCAAAAGCUCGCAACUUUUUUUGUAGCCGAGGGGAUUCCUCACGUGCAGAAUAAAGUGUUGUUUCGAUGAUUAUCGUUUGAUUAGAAAGAGGGAGAGAGAGAUUCAUUAUUUCAUAAAGAAAGAGGACGGGGAAUUGAAUACAGUUGAAAAGUCGCUGAUUAGAGGAUUAAAAAAAGAGGAUUUUGGUUGUUAAAAUUGAUUGUUUUGGUCUUUUUAUAUAGCCAAUGAAAAGGGCUUCUUUUGUUUUUUGAAUCUAGAACAUGGAGGUUCUCUGUGAGCAGAUCAUCUGGGAAUUCUUGCUUUUCUGCUCCCCACAAGCACUUAGUUUCUGAAUUAAGCACUUUAUUCAAUAAACCAAACUGGUUCACCAUCCAAUCUUCUCAAUCAUCGAAGCCCAAUUAGCUACUCAUUAAGGAAGAAAAUAAGAUGGCUACAUUCUACUCUAAUUCCAGUAACCAAAGAGAUGCCAUGGAAAAUAUUUAUUUGAGGGAUCCAGCAGGGUCUGAACCUGCAGUUUCUGGCAAUAUGGUCCAUCUUAACUUUCCAUCGGUCAGUUCAUAUUCGAAUACAUUGGCAGGGACCAGAGAGAAACAAGCAAACUGCAUUGGUGAUAAUGCUUACAGUUCUUGGAGGGAUGGGAGGAAUGUGAUGCUGUUCAUGCAAGCACAUGGCAGAUCGUUGGAUGGCGGUGACGAACUUAUUCGUAAUUCGGCUUCUGAUGUUGAUCCCCAGUUGGGUCUUCAAACACCGUUGGGCAUUUUGAAUGAACAUAAUUUGUCUUUGCAGCAGUCCAUGUCCAGUGGACAAGGCCAAGGAUUGUCUCUUAGCCUAGGCACCCAAAUUCCAGUGCCUUCUUUUAAGUAUCAGCCUGCUAGCUCAGUUGUAUCUGGGCUGAGCUCAUAUCACUCAAAUUCAGGAAACGGCGAAACUUAUGGAAAUGAAAAUUCCAGGAGUAGAAUUUUGAAUGCUAAUGCUUCCCCUUAUGGAUUUACAAACACGAUGAGCACAGUUCCUAAUUCAAAGUACAUCAAAGCUGCCCAGCAGUUACUUGAUGAAUUUGUUAAUAUUCAGAGGGCUUUAAAGAAGAAAGCUGACAAUACAAAGAGUAUUAGUGCAUCAGGUUUUCCUGCAAGCAAAGACAACAAAGGGGCAUCAAGGAGUGAUGGGAACCCUUCAGAACAUCAAGAAUCUAGUGCCAAUUCUCCCAGCGAGUUAUCAACCUCAGAGAAGCAGGAGCUUCAGAACAAAUUGGCAAAACUUUUGGCUAUGUUGGAUGAGGUUGAUAGGAAAUUCAAGCAAUACUUCAAUGAAAUGCAGAUAGUUGAUGCAUCUUUUGAUGCAAUAGCAGGUUCAGGUGCUGCAAAACCUUACACAGCUCUUGCCCUUCAGACAAUAUCUCGUCACUUCCGCAGCCUUAGAGAUGCCAUUGACAGUCAGAUUAGAUCUUCACAGAAAAUUCUUGGGGAGCAAGAUGGCCUAAGCGGUAAAGGAUGUGGAAUUUCUCGUCUUCGCUACAUUGAUCAACAUAUGAGGCAGCAGAAGACCAUACAACAGCUUGGUGUGAUGCCACAACAUGCUUGGAGGCCGCAGAGAGGGUUGCCCGAGAAUUCGGUUUCCAUUUUGCGAGCUUGGCUCUUCGAGCACUUUCUUCAUCCUUACCCAAAUGAUUCUGAGAAGCUUAUGUUAGCAAGACAAACUGGUUUGACGAGAAGUCAGAUUUCAAAUUGGUUCAUAAACGCCCGUGUUAGACUCUGGAAGCCAAUGGUCGAGGAUAUCUACAAAGAAGAGUUUGGUGAGAAUGAGAUGGAUUCAAACUCUUCCUCAGAAAAUGCAACCAAAUAUAUUGAUGAACUCUGCAACAACGCACAGGAAGACCAACAAAGUCCUUCAAAUGAGAGAUGUCAGACCAACCCAUCUAACCAAUUGAAUCUUAUAUCAGAAACUAACACCGCUGCUCGAGUUCCCAGUUUUCAAAAUGAACCAAUGGAUCAGAGACCCCAUGAUUCAUCCAACAUCAAUCCUCUUCUUCACGACACCAUCUGCAAUGCAGAAGGGAGCUCAAGGCUCAUGACUUAUACAAUGAAUGAGCUUGCAAGAUACGACAAUGGCGGAGUAUCUCUCACCCUGGGUUUGCAACAUUGUGAUGAUAACCUGCCAGCUUCAGAUGUCCAGGAAGAAUUCCUUGCAUCAAGGGGUGAGGACGUGUACAGUUCAGCACCUUCAAUUGGUUUUGGACCCUCUCAGUUACUGAAUUAUUUUGUGGCUUGAUUGCUUUUUGUUGCAUGAUUUGUUGACAGAUGAAGAGGAUUACAGUUUGUUUUGAUAUGUUGUGUUGUUCUUGCAAUUCAUAGUAACAGAUGGAGAAAAUAUUAGAUUGUAAGGAGUGGGAUUUAUAUAAAGUAUAGCAUGUUGUAAAAAAAUAUAGACAAUAGAUGCAUAUUUUUGUGUAAUUUGGGAUGGAGAAAAGAAUAAGUUUGUACACUAUAGUUUGAUGGCAUACUUGUUAAUUGGUGUAUCUGAAAUCUCUUA